AUGACGUCGACCGUUCCUCUUUACGAACUAUGUGUACCCUCACUGCGAAAAGCGAUGCAGAACCACUUGGUGGUUUUGAAGAAGGGGGAGCAGUGGUGCGAUGACAACGGAUAUCCGCACUCUAAAGUUCUCAGUGCUAGGCUUGCUCCAGACAUGCACCCACUCGCCCUUCAAAUCUUCUUCCAAGUUACUACCGCCACGAAAGCUCUUGAACGGCUUGGUGAGAUGGAAGUACCCACGUUCGGUUUCGACGCGGCCUCUUUCCAAGAUCUAUACAAACAGAUUGAGCAGGCCUUGGAAUGUUUCGAGAAGGCGCAGCCUGAGGCGUUCGCUGGGAAAGAGGACAUGCCUGUGACAAUCGAUGUGCCUAACAUGUGGCACUUCGACCUGAACGGCUUAACUUAUUUGCAAGAAUUCGUUCUACCGAACUUCUUCUUCCACAACGUGACAGCCUAUGGGAUCAUUCGGAAUGUCGGAGUACCAAUAGGGAAGCUACAUUAUUUGUCAGGUGAGGAUAAACUCAUCGGAGCCUGAUCAUGUUGCAUGAAGGCUGUAUAUAGGCGAAGAAAAUAUAAGCAGAAUGCACACAUAUCCGAAUGAAGACCAAGUCCUAGUCUGAGUCGAAGGUGCACUCUAUUGUUGUUUGUU